CGAGGUGUUUCCUCCUCCUCAGUGUGGGGCAGCUGCUGGCUGGGCUGCCUGUUGAGUCAGCCUUCUUCCCUCACGGCUCUUCUCCCAGUCCCUGAAACUCGGCUGCCAGGGGAGCUGGAGUCACCUGCGAAGGUGUCUUCCCAUACUGGACCCCUACAGGAAGCUACGUGUGCCCAGCUGGGGCACAGCCCCAGCUGAUGCCCCAGAGGGGCCACCCAUCUCAAGAGGGGCUUUGGGCUCUGCCCUCCCUCCCCAUGGCGCAUGGGCCAAAGCCUGAGACUGAAGGACUAUUGGACCUCAGCUUCCUGACAGAGGAGGAGCAGGAGGCCAUUGCUGGUGUCCUCCAACGAGAUGCCCGCCUGCGCCAGCUGGAGGAAGGGCGGGUCAGCAAGCUCCGGGCCUCACUGGCAGACCCUGGGCAGCUGAAGAUCCUGACAGGGGACUGGUUCCAGGAAGCACGCUCCCAGCGGCACCACAAUGCCCACUUCGGCUCUGACCUUGUCCGAGCCUCUAUGCGCAGGAAGAAGAACGCCAGGGGAGACCAGGCUCCAGGCAGCGACGGGGAGGCUGAGGUUGCUGUGAAAGAGAAGGAAGAGGGGCCAGAACCCAGGCUCAACAUUGAUGAGACCCCUCAGGAGAGGCUCAGGGAGACUGAGGGACCUGAUUUCCCAUCGCCUUCUGUCCCGCUAAAGGGUUCAGAUCCUGAGGAGGCGUCCCAGGCCCAGGAAGACCCUGGCCAAGGAGACCUGCCGGUCUGUGCCGAGAAGGCGGAUCCGGAGCUGGAGCCCGCGUCGAGGGGAGGGCAGGAGCCGCGGCCCCCGCAAGCCCAGGUAGGCGGGAGUGGCCCGCGGCUGCUCUCAAGAUCCGGAGCGGAUUCCGGGCGGGGAGCGCUCCUGCCCAGGGCUGCGAGCCGCCCGCGACCCAGGGCGCUCGGGGCAGGGGCGGGGAAAGAAGGGGCGCCCCGUCACUUGCCCCCUCUGCAGACCAAGGCCGCGUCCCAGAUCCUGGAGAACGGGGAGGAGGCCCCGGGGCCGGACCCCUCACUCGACCGCAUGCUCAGUAGCAGCUCCUCCGUGUCCAGCCUUAACUCCUCCACGCUGAGCGGCAGCCAGAUGAGCCUGUCCGGCGAGGCGGAGGCGGUGCAGGUCCGCGGCUCCGUGCACUUCGCGCUGCACUACGAGCCGGGUGCCUCCGAGCUGCGCGUGCACGUGAUCCAGUGCCAGGGCCUGGCCGCCGCCCGACGCCGCCGCUCGGACCCCUACGUCAAAAGCUACCUCCUCCCGGAUAAGCAGAGCAAGCGCAAGACGGCAGUGAAGAAACGGAAUCUGAAUCCGGUUUUCAACGAGACUCUCCGGUACUCCGUCCCGCAGGCCGAGCUCCAGGGCCGCGUGCUGAGCCUGUCCGUGUGGCACCGCGAAAGCCUGGGUCGCAACAUCUUUCUGGGUGAAGCUGAAGUGCCCUUGGACACGUGGGACUGGGGCUCUGAGCCCACCUGGCUCCCCCUGCAGCCCCGGGUUCCACUCUCUCCCGACGACCUUCUGAGCCGCGGGCUACUCGCCCUGUCCCUCAAGUACAUCCCCGCCGGCUCCGAGGGCGCUGGACUGCCCCCGAGCGGGGAGCUGCACUUCUGGGUGAAGGAGGCUCGGGACCUCCUGCCACUGCGGGCAGGAUCCCUGGACACUUACGUACAAUGCUUCGUACUGCCUGAUGACAGCCGGGCCAGCCGCCAGCGUACAAGGGUUGUGCGACGCAGCCUCAGACCUGUGUUCAACCACACCAUGGUGUACGAUGGCUUUGGGCCUGCCGACCUGCGCCAGGCUUGUGCCGAGCUCUCCCUCUGGGACCAUGGAGCCCUGGCCAGCCGCCAGCUGGGGGGCACACGACUCAGCCUGGGCACCGGCAGCAGCUAUGGGCUGCAGGUGCCCUGGAUGGAUUCCACACCGGAGGAGAAGCGGCUGUGGCAGGCCCUCCUGGAGCAGCCGUGCGAGUGGGUGGAUGGCCUUCUACCCCUCAGAACCAACCUGGCCCCUAGGAUGUAGUCCGACCAAGCCUCUCUCUCUGGACCCCCAUCUCAGGGCCUGCCCUUGGCGAAAGUCAAUAAAGUCUGCUCUAAGGGCAA